CCAGUUACAAAACACAACUGACAAGUACAUAGGUGAAGUGACACAGGUCUCCACUCUGUUAUAGAUUAAUAAAAUGAAUUCUAAAGUUAAUAUUUUAUGUGUACUACUCAGUUUGUUAAUUGGGAUUCCCUGUUACUCAGCAGAUACAAAAAACUGCAGCGAUUGCACAACUAUCAACGCCUGUGCUGCCGCCGUGGCAGCGACAGAAAACCUGUCAGCUUGCGAGCAAAAGCUGCCAUCUUGCGUGCCAGGAGUCGAGAUCCAGAUGAAAGAGCGACUGUUGAGCAACGCCUGUGGGGAUGGAAAGGUUUGUUGCUCUCAACUGUCGACUAAUCCAACAUCUGCCAGCGUGGAAAGUGUGGACAACCACCCGAACCUCCACCUGCUUCCGGACGAGUGUGGAAAGAUCUUCGUGAACAAACUCUUAGGAGGCAGAGCCGCGCAUCUUUACCAGUAUCCAUGGAUAACGCUUAUCUCAUACAAAACACGACUGGGGCCGCAGUUCGAAUGCGGUGGCAGUCUCAUCAACGAGCGUUACGUCCUCACAGCAGCCCACUGCAUCACCAAUCUGACCCUGCUUGGUGUGAGGAUCGGAGAGCACGAUUUGGACACAAUUACGGACUGUGAAGGAAACCCUCCCACUCUUACCUGCGAGUCUAAACUUCAGGAUAUCCGUAUUGAGGAGGCUAUACCCCAUCCAGAAUACCACGGUAAACCCAAUAUCAAAAACGAUAUCGGUCUACUCAGGCUUAAAAAGCCAGUGGAUUUGUCUUUCAAGAACGCUGGUUUAAUCUGCCUGCCAGUAUCCAGAGACUUAUUAGGCCGUAACCUCGGUGGACAGCACGCCACCGUUGCUGGCUGGGGAUACACGGAGAAAGGAUAUAUCUCACAUAAGCUGCUUGAGGAUUACGUGCCAAUACAUACUGCUGAGUCGUGCCGAGAACUGUAUAACAGGUAAAAAGGACCUU